AUGGAUAAUAAUAAACGUAGAACAUCAUCAAUCGAUUCUUAUUUUUCUGUACAAAAGAAAACAAAAUCUCAAGAUGAUGCAUUAAAUUACGUCGACGUUAACAAUGACUCUAUUGUUUCUACAUCUUCACCAACAUCUUCAUCUUUAAUUUCGAUACCUGUCCAUGAUGUUGCAUUGGGGAAUUUAAAUAAUAUUAACAAUUCUGUACAGAAUAAUCCGGUAGUUGAUGAUAUUAGUCGUUCACAUAUUGAUCCACCAUGUCAACCAAUAUUGGACAAAUAUCCAAUAAAUGAAGAUAAUCGUUCUUUUCAAGCCCGUUGGUAUCAUGAAAGACCUUGGCUUGAAUAUUCAAAAAAAACUGAUUCUGUAUUUUGUUAUAAUUGUCGUCAUUUUGGCGAUACCACAGCACCAAAACGAAAAAAAGACGAUGUUUUUGUUAUUGGUGGUUUUCGAAAAUGGAAAUGUGCUCUUGAGAAAACAAAGGGUUUUGAUCAACACAUUAAAAGUCAAAAUCAUAUUAUUGCAACAACGAAUUAUUUAUCUUAUCAACAACGUAUUAAAACAAACCAAACAGUUAUAGACAUUUUAGAUUCAGGUCGUAUUCAACAUAUUCGUCAAAACAGAACUCGUUUGAUAAAGAUUGCAUCUCUUUUAUUAUUAUGUUGUCGCCAAAUGAUUCCUAUUCGUGGUCAUAAUGAAAACGAAAACUCAUCAAAUCGUGGUAAUCUAUUAGAAAUAUUACGCUGGUCUUCUGAUGUUGAUCCAAUAAGUAAAGCUGUUUUAGAAGAUUCAGCACAAAAUGCGACUUAUUUAUCCCAUCACAUUCAGAACGAACUUAUUGGUAUUAUGGCAAAUACAGUUCGUGAACAAAUCAGUAACUUAAUUAGAGGAAAAUAUUUUGCUUUAAUAGCUGAUGAAUCUCGUGACGUUAGUGGUCAUGAACAACUCUCGAUUGUCAUUCGAAUAGUAAAUGAUCCAUCUGAUAAUAAUAAUGAUAUAAUUAAAGAGUAUUUUAUGGGAUUUGUGCGUCUGCAUCAAUUCGAUGCAGAAAGUUUAUCAUUAGAAAUAGUAAAAUUUUUACAGCAACAUAAUAUUCCAUUGGAUUUAUGUAUAGCUCAGUGUUAUGACGGAUGGGAUUCUAUCAAUUCACUUAUUCAAAAUUAUUCAGCUAUAAUUGAAGCUUUUGAAGAUAUUAUUGCAGAAGGUGAUUCACGUUCAGUUAAUGCUAGAGGACUGCUUAUAUCUGUUAAAGAACCUAUUUUUAUUUGCACUCUAUUUAUUUUACAUCAAUUAAUGGGACCUAUUAAAAUUUUAUCGAAUCAACUUAAAAGUGGAACAAUUGAUUACGGUAAAGCUAGUGUUCUAAUAUUGUCGAUCAUUGAUCAGAUGAAAAAUUUACGUAAUGAAGAAUCAUUCAAAUCGAUUUACGAUCAAAUUAUUCAAUUCUGUCAAACAUAUGACAUUGACAUAAAACAAAAAAGAAAAAGAUGUCGAACACGAACAAUACCUGCUCGUUUUGCUAAUUCAAUUAUAACAAGUACCGUCGGUCAUCGUGACGAUGAUGCAAAUGAUGAAUAUCGAAUUCGAACAAGCAUUUAUUAUCCAUUAAUUGACGCUAUUCUUAUUGAAUUAAACGAUAGAUUUUCAAAUUCAAAUUUAAAUUUAUUGACAAGUUUAUCAAGUUUAUAUCCAGAGAAUGAAAGUUUUCUGGAAUUUCAAUCAUUACGUAAAUUCGCUGACCAUUUAAACUGUGAUCGAAAUCAAUUAGAAAAUGAAUUAAAUGUCAUUAAACCGAUGGUAAAAGAUGACAAAUUAAACUCAAUUGCAGAAUUGUACAAGAAAUUAACAUCUUAUAAAAAUGCAUUUCCAACAGCUGUAUGUAUGGUUGCUGGAGCAUUAACAGUUCCUGUAUCUUCAACAACAUGCGAAAUAUUUGGUUUGUUAAGUAUCAUAUUAGUUGGUUUGUUAUUUGAUAGACGAGUCUCUUCUGAUGUUUAUAAUUGGAAAACAAAUCCAUUUAGUUAUCAUCCAUUAAUGAUGACAAUUGGUUUAUUAUUUUGUUAUGGAAAUGCUAUUCUUUUAUAUCGAACAUUUAAACAAAUACCAAAAUUAAUGGCAAAGAUAUUCCAUGCUUGUUUUUUGAUAAUAUCGUUAACUUUGGGUAUAUUGGGAUUGGCUGCUAUUAUUCGAAGUAAAGUUAUUAAUAACCGACCACAUUUUAUGACUUUUCAUUCAUGGAUUGGAAUAGCAACAAUAGGUUUAUUUGUCUUUCAAUGGAUUUGUGGUUUUAUUAGCUAUUUAUUUCCCAAAUUAAGUUUAGAUAUUCGAAAAGGAUAUAUGCCUACUCAUCGUCUUUGGGGAAAAAUUAUAUUUUUAUCUUCUGUUGCAUCUAUUUUAACAGGAUUAUCUGAACAUGGAAUGACUUCAUCAUUUUUUACGAUGAAUGAUAUCCAACAAUCGAGACGUUUGAUUAUAAUUUUUUUUGGCAUAUUUACAAGUUUAUUUAGUUUGAUUGUUAUUUAUUUACUUUCAAAUUCUGAUUAUCAACGACCACCAGAUCAAACUGAUGAAAAAUCAGUACCAAAUCCUUGA